GGCGGCGGGAGCGCCCGGGCCGCCCCAGUGCCGCCGGCGUCUGGCUGGCGUCCAGGCGGGACAGGCGGGGGUUGGGGGGCCACAAACAUGGAGGAGUGUGGGGCUGCAGCCCCGGAGCUGGGGACCCUCAGCCCACCGGUCCUGUUGCUUAUCCCCAAGUUGUUAGUGCGGCGGCAGCGGGGCGAAGGGAUUGCGGUGGGGUGGGCGGCCUGCCUGGCGGCGAGAGGCCGCUCCUCGGCUUGCCAAGGGAGAGUAGACCUGUGUCAUGUAGUGGUGAUGCUUCCCUGACCUUUGGGGUGGGAGAUGCAGCGUGCUGAGCCCCAGGUGGCUGGUGGGUAGGUUGGACCGACUGGUGGUACUGGAGCUGGAACCGUGGCUCCUGGGAGAAGCUGAGUGUAGGCAAUGCCGUCUGACCAGUGCUGCGAGGUGGGGAGAUGGAGACACCAGUCUGGGGUCCUGGGCUGUUGGACAGCAAAACCAACAAGGGUUUGCUGGCAAGGAGGAAAGCUGCUGUGAUGGGCGCUGGUGACUUGGUGACUGGCCUGUGGUAGGGAGUAGUGGUCAGCCACACUUGGCUUUCUGUGUGUUCCUGGGGUGGAGCAGCGAGUGUGAGCGGUGGUUGGGAUGAAGUGUGACUUGGGAGAAACAGGAUAGCAGUAGUAUCUGUAGAGCAGCUUAAAGGGAUGUGACGGCCAAUAUCAGUGUCAAAAAAACUUAGUUUCUGGUAAGACAGCGUGAGUUUAAUUAGACUAAAUUGAGCUGCUUUAUAAGUAUUGAUUAUUUCAGUUGUGUUCUUCACAAUUUUGUGAUACAUGUAGCUCUGUAGAGUUAGUCUAGUAGUAAUGUUUAUUGAGUUGUUCAAGAGUGAAAAGCGUUUCCCAGAUCACACCACUAACACAACUGUUCCUAAAUUGUGUCGUGUUUGGUGUGAUGGAUGGCAUUAAGGUCUGGAUUCAAACAUCUUAAGACUUGCUUAACUUCUCCGUGUUAUCACACUAGUGAUAGUGGUGGUAUGGGAGAAAGGUUAGUCCAGAUUUUCUGGAUCCAAAGCAGUUUUGCAUUGUCUAGUGUUUUUUGUUUGUUUGGGGUUUUUUUGUUUUAUCUGUAGACAGCAAGGUCAUUUGAUGAGUGUUUCUACAGUAAACUCCAUCAGUCCAUGAAGAAAUCGCUGGACCGCAAGGCAAGACUGGACUUUGACAUUCUUUUCAUGAAAGAAGUUUUGAAGUAGUUGUCUUACAAUAACUGUAAGAAGAAGUUCUAUGUAGCUCUUACUUUCAAGAGUGCUGCAAAAAUGAUUACUUCAGAUUUGCCAGUACUACAGGAUUCUACAAAUGAAACUACUGCACAUUCAGAUGCUGGCAGUGAGCUUGAAGAAGCAGAAGUCAAAGGAAAGAGAAAAAGGGGCCGUCCUGGCAGGCCUCCAUCUGCCACUAAGAAACCUCGAAAGUCUCCGGCGGACAAGGGUCGUUCUGAAUCUGGAGCCAGAGGAGCAAGUCGUGGAAGAGCUAAUGGCCACCCUCAGCAGAAUGGAGAAGGGGACCCUGUCACUUUAUUUGAGGUGGUUAAGCUGGGAAAGAGUGCCAUGCAGUCUGUGGUGGACGACUGGAUUGAAUCAUAUAAACAAGACAGGGACAUAGCACUUCUGGAUUUAAUCAACUUCUUUAUCCAGUGUUCAGGAUGUCGAGGUACUGUAAGAAUUGAGAUGUUCAGGAAUAUGCAAAAUGCAGAAAUCAUAAGGAAAAUGACAGAAGAAUUUGAUGAGGACAGCGGUGAUUAUCCACUUACCAUGCCUGGGCCACAGUGGAAGAAGUUUCGAUCCAACUUCUGCGAGUUCAUUGGAGUGCUCAUUCGACAGUGUCAGUAUAGCAUCAUUUAUGAUGAAUACAUGAUGGACACGGUGAUCUCUCUUCUGACUGGUUUGUCAGAUUCCCAGGUCCGGGCUUUCAGGCACACCAGUACAUUAGCUGCUAUGAAGCUUAUGACUGCUCUUGUGAAUGUUGCCUUAAACCUGAGCAUUCAUCAGGAUAAUACUCAGAGGCAGUAUGAAGCUGAGAGGAACAAAAUGAUUGGCAAAAGAGCUAAUGAAAGAUUGGAGCUGCUGCUUCAGAAAAGAAAAGAGCUACAAGAAAACCAAGAUGAAAUUGAAAAUAUGAUGAACUCUAUUUUUAAGGGUAUAUUUGUUCAUAGAUACCGUGAUGCUAUUGCUGAAAUUAGAGCUGUCUGUAUUGAAGAAAUUGGUGUCUGGAUGAAAAUGUACAGUGAUGCCUUCCUGAAUGAUAGUUAUUUAAAAUAUGUUGGUUGGACACUACAUGACAGGCAAGGUGAAGUGAGGUUGAAGUGUUUGAAAGCUCUUCAGAGUCUGUAUACCAACAGAGAGUUAUUUCCAAAACUGGAGCUGUUCACUAAUAGAUUCAAGGAUCGCAUUGUAUCAAUGACACUUGAUAAGGAAUAUGAUGUAGCUGUGGAAGCCAUUCGAUUAGUCACGCUAAUACUUCAUGGAAGUGAAGAAGCUCUGUCAAAUGAAGACUGUGAGAAUGUUUAUCACUUGGUGUAUUCAGCACACCGGCCUGUUGCCGUAGCAGCUGGAGAAUUCCUUCACAAAAAACUGUUCAGCAGACAUGAUCCCCAAGCUGAAGAGGCUCUAGCAAAGAGGAGGGGACGAAAUAGUCCAAAUGGAAACCUUAUUAGAAUGUUGGUUCUUUUCUUUCUUGAAAGUGAGUUGCAUGAACAUGCAGCCUAUUUGGUGGACAGUUUGUGGGAGAGUUCUCAAGAGCUGUUGAAAGACUGGGAAUGUAUGACUGAAUUGCUCUUGGAAGAACCAGUCCAAGGAGAAGAAGCAAUGUCUGACCGGCAGGAGAGUGCUCUUAUUGAGUUGAUGGUGUGUACAAUCAGACAAGCUGCUGAAGCACAUCCUCCAGUAGGCAGAGGCACUGGCAAGAGAGUCUUGACAGCAAAAGAAAGAAAAACUCAGAUAGAUGACAGAAAUAAAUUGACUGAACAUUUCAUUAUUGCACUUCCUAUGUUGCUAUCAAAGUAUUCUGCUGAUGCCGAGAAGGUUGCAAAUCUCCUGCAAAUCCCUCAGUAUUUUGAUCUGGAAAUCUAUAGCACAGGCAGAAUGGAAAAGCAUCUGGAUGCCUUAUUGAAACAGAUUAAGUUUGUGGUGGAAAAGCAUGUGGAAUCAGAUGUUCUCGAAGCCUGCAGCAAAACCUACAGCAUACUCUGUAGUGAAGAAUAUACAAUCCAGAACAGAGUUGACAUAGCCCACAGCCAACUUAUUGAUGAAUUUGUGGAUCGAUUCAACCAUUCUGUAGAGGAUCUGCUGCAGGAGGGAGAAGAAGCUGAUGAUGAUGAUAUAUACAACGUGCUCUCCACAUUAAAGAGGUUAACCUCUUUUCACAAUGCACAUGAUCUCACAAAAUGGGAUCUGUUCAGUAACUGCUACAGAUUACUAAGAACUGGAAUUGAACACGGAGCUAUGCCAGAACAGAUUGUUGUUCAGGCACUGCAGUGUUCCCAUUACUCUAUUCUCUGGCAGCUGGUGAAAAUCACUGAAGGUUCCCCUUCCAAAGAGGACUUGUUGAUAUUGAGGAAAACUGUGAAAUCCUUUCUGGCUGUCUGCCAACAGUGUUUAUCAAAUGUCAACACUCCAGUCAAAGAACAGGCUUUCAUGCUGCUCUGUGAUCUCUUGAUGAUAUUUAGUCAUCAGCUGAUGACUGGAGGCCGAGAAGGUCUUCAGCCUUUGGUGUUUAAUCCAGAUUCAGGCCUCCAGUCAGAACUUCUCAGUUUUGUGAUGGACCAUGUCUUCAUUGACCAAGACGAUGAAAACCAGAGCAUGGAGGGAGAUGAAGAAGAUGAAGCCAACAAAAUUGAAGCUUUACAUAAGAGAAGAAACCUUUUGGCUGCCUUUAGUAAGCUGAUAAUUUAUGACAUUGUGGACAUGCAUGCAGCAGCAGAUAUCUUCAAACACUAUAUGAAGUACUACAAUGACUAUGGAGAUAUCAUUAAGGAAACCCUGAGCAAAACAAGGCAAAUUGACAAAAUCCAGUGUGCAAAGACACUCAUUCUCAGUUUGCAACAGCUGUUUAAUGAGCUUGUUCAGGAGCAAGGUCCCAAUUUGGACAGGACGUCUGCCCAUGUCAGUGGCAUUAAGGAGCUGGCUCGUCGGUUUGCCCUCACUUUUGGCUUGGAUCAGAUCAAGACAAGAGAGGCUGUGGCCACACUACACAAAGAUGGCAUAGAGUUUGCCUUCAAAUACCAGAAUCAAAAAGGACAAGACUAUCCACCUCCUAACCUUGCUUUCCUUGAAGUGCUUAGUGAAUUUUCUUCUAAACUCUUGCGACAGGAUAAAAAGACUGUUCACUCCUACUUGGAGAAGUUCCUGACAGAGCAGAUGAUGGAAAGAAGAGAAGAUGUUUGGCUUCCACUCAUUUCCUAUAGAAACUCACUAGUUACAGGUGGUGAAGACGACAGAAUGUCCGUUAACAGUGGAAGCAGCAGCAGCAAAGCCUCUUCAGUGAGGAAUAAGAAAGGACGGCCACCACUCCACAAAAAGAGAGUAGAAGAUGAGAGUCUAGAAGGCUCAUGGCUGAACAGGAAUGAAAACAUCCAUACUCCAGGGACACUGCAAGCACCACAGCUCACCUCAACUGUCUUGAGAGAGAACACUAGACAAAUGGGAGAGCAGAUCCAGGAGCAUGAGUCAGAGCAGGGAUCUGAACAAGAUUUUUUACACAAUCCCCAGAUGCAGAUAUCUUGGUUGGGCCAACAGAAGCUAGAAGAUUUAAAUCGAAAGGACAGGACAGGCAUGAACUACAUGAAAGGGAGAACUGGCGUAAGGCAUGCAGUACGAGGUCUAAUGGAAGAUGACGCUGAGCCCAUCUUUGAAGAUGUAAUGAUGUCCUCACGAGGUCAGCUAGAGGAUAUGAAUGAAGAAUUUGAAGAUACAAUGGUCAUUGAUCUGCCACCUUCAAGAAACCGGCGAGAACGGGCUGAGCUGAGGCCAGACUUCUUUGACUCUGCGGCUAUCAUUGAGGACGAUUCAGGAUUUGGAAUGCCUAUGUUCUGAAGUCUGGUGAAGACAUUUUACAAAUUUGGAACUCUAUUGUUUAGAGCUAGAGGCCUAUAUACUGUGAUAGCUUGUAUGAAAACCACAUUUUUGAUGUGAUACGGUUUGAUUUUUAACCAAAUGAUUGAGGUCAAUCCCUUUUUGUAGUGACAGAAAGAAGAGGAACUUCUUAAUGACAGAAGGGAAUGUGGCCAAUCCAGUCACCUCAGAAGGGCUGACCUGAAAAAUCAUUUGUAUCCCUGUUCUUGACUGUCCUAAUACAGAUAUUUUUUUUUCGGGAUGAGGAAGAAGUUUUAAAUUGUUAAGACAGCUGUCGAAAUAAACACUGUUCUACAUAUGUUUUCUGAAAACAACAUUGAGUGAAAACAGAACUUUUUAACUUUAUUUUUCUGCUGUACAAUUUAAAACAGUUUUAACAUUUGCCUUUUUAUGUUUUAAGAGCUAGCCAUUUUUAUUAAACCUAUGCCUAUCAGCCAUUGACUAGCGAUGAUGCUAUAAGCAGGUCAUUCUGGCUACAGAAAAGUGUUUUUGAACACACUGGAUUUGAUUAACAUUAUGGUACGCUUAUAUCCUCUCAUAGGCAUUGAGAAGAACACUCUUGUAGAAGAGGUUAGAAUUCUAAUGACGUGCAUCUCUGCCAAAAAAUUUCAGAUUCUGAUAUGAUAAACCCAGAUUUUAUACUCUUGAGAAGAUUUAUUUUUAUUUAUAAUGGGACAUAAAGUAAGAGAUGUCCGUGAAGCCACUUUUCCAACAGACGCUGUGUAACAUUCAUUUUAUAUAGCACACGGGGACACAAAAACAGUAAAUUUUCUAUUGGUACUUGCUCUGUGCAUUUUUAGCAACUUAUACCAGCAAAUAAAGUAUUCUCAGUAAAACACACAAAUGGUUCUCAAGUAAUCACUUUGCUGUUUUUACUACCUACUUCAAGCCCUGCCAACCCAAGGUACAUAAACAGCAACUUUCCUAGUCAAAAAAAGAAGUCAAGGGUGGGGGAAAGGAAUCACUUUAGCAUAACUAAAAGCAAUUUUAACUGUACCAUAAACAAAGAGAAAGUCUACUUUCCGUGCCGUAAAUACCCUUUUCCGCUAUUUUUGUAAAUUAAUUUUGCCAGUUAGAAGUACUGUAUGUGCUGCAUAGAAAUUUGUGCUUAGAUGGUGAAGUUCUUAAGCUUACAAUGGAAUACAGCUACAUUUUCAGUGUUAACUGUGCAUAUUAAGAGUAAUUCUUUGGGGGAGAAAAAGAGAAGAUUUUGCAAAAAAGUUAAAAACGUCAAAAAAAACCCAAACCAUUCUCAGCUAAUUCAUUGUAAUAAGAGAUUUUUCAAUGUCUUCAGUAAUUUGGAAUUCCGUUAUGACUCUGCCUAGUAGCUGCUACUUAGUUUAAACUGGCCCGAUACCAGAGGUGCUGCCCAUCCACAACUUGCACUGACUCUAGGAUCUCAAAGAAUCAGCCCCAAAAUGUUAAUCUUCCUUUCUGCGUUCUAACAUUAGCAUUUGAGACAUGAGGCAGAUUGACCCACUUGAAGCACAGCAGGUUUAGAGGUGCUUUUUUUGGUUUUUUUAAUAGCAACUGCAAAAUAAUCAUGGAGCUUUUUUUUCCUGUUACGAGCUUGUUGAAAAACAAACCAACACGCCGAUGCCCAGUGCUUAUUUGCUGGGAGGGAAAAAGAUCUUAAAAACAAACCCGCCUUUCACUCAGCUGAGGUUUGUUUCUUACAACACGUGCAGUUCUCAGACAUGGUUGCCAAAAAUGUCUGACUAGGUAAUUCAGCCAUUCCUCAGAUGGUGGUUGGGUAAUGUAUAAAACCUGAGAAGUAGCUGGAACCUUAUAAAAUCACGUUACCUCCCUUCUUAUUCUGUCCACCCCAACAGUAAUAGGGUGGGCAGGAAUGGCUGCAUUAAAUUGUCAUCACAGUAACCCUGUGAGCAUAGUAGCAUAAUAAAUGCUGCCUGGUUUGAGUCACAGUCUCAGACAAACCUUGUGCUUCACAGUCCUCUGUGUGGAAAACUGAUUCCUAAUUUAACAUUGUAGAAUACUGUAUAACAAACAUUUAUUAUCACGGUACCUGCAAUGGGUUUCCAGUUCAGUUUGCAGUCAAUAGGUUUUUGUAUUAUGAGUGUCUCCUUGAUUGGUUUUGCUAGUAAUUCUGUAAAUUGUACAUUUACAAUAUGAGGUUUUUUUUUUCCUUUUGUACAAUUUAAAACUGAUGCUUCACCUUUCAUUUAAUAAACUAUUCAAAAUCAUGAGUAUGAUGAGCACCCUCUUCACUAUAACUUUCUUUUAAAUGCUCGUUUGGACCAUCACAUCUUACCAUCCCAUUUCUUAGUAGACAAAGGAGAUAUUGAAAGGUGGCUCUCGUGGUCCAGGCUUCACACCCAGAUUCCAUAAGCUACCUCACCCACUCAGCUGCAGCGCAAAGGAAAACCCUGCCUGCUCUGUCUUAUUUCCCCCCUCUACUCUGGCGGAUUUUUGGAUUUUGGUUGAUCUGGGAGGGCUUUAUUGUGAAAUUGCUGUAAAUCUGGUAAGUCAUCACCCAAGUUGGGAGAGUUGCUUUGUUAAAACUUAACAUUGUCUGAACUGUCACAAAUUACGAGGAAAAUCUCACCUUCCUGCCCUGUAUGUCUGAAGCGAAGCGGACAACAUGCUAAAGGCUUGGAAGGUCCAACAACCAGCUGGGCUAAAUGGAGUUUCACGGAUCCCUGCAAUGAAAGUCCUCUUGUUAUUUCCCAUGCCUCAGAGAGAAAGGUGCCAUGGUUGUCCAACCUGUGAAUGAGUUCAUCUCUGUAGCAUUAAAGAAAAACUGACUUAUUUCUCACCUGGCCCACCUCCUAAAGAAAAAUCAUCUGAGUCAGAGAAAGGAACAAGAUGCCACAGGUGAGGAACAGGGAUAGGAUUCAAGGCCUGAACUGCACUCUAGGACUACUCCCGAGAGACAGCCCAGACGCUGCAUCUCCAACUGCUUGUAAGUGAUGGUCAACUCCUAAUGCACUGUGGAACACAGUAAGUAACAGUAAGUCACGCUUCUAAGUUCAGGGGCUGCUUUCUGUUGAAAGGAUUUGAUUUUAUUUCUGUUGUUUCUGCAGGUGACUGGAAUUCAAGAGAAUCUCAAGUAGUGUGGCCAGAACAGCUUCCCAGUGUGCUUCCAGAGCAUUGUGCUACUAGAACGACUGACUGCUUGGGAAUCAAGGGGAUAUAAAAGCCAAGUUCUUGUCCUGGCAAGGAACAGAAGAGAGGAUGAACUCUAUAGAACUAAUGAGGUUAGGAAACAAUUAAGGUUGUAUUUUUGUGACAAUGACAACUGGGUUUCUCAGUGUUUCCUCCUGACACUGGGCAGGCUGAAAAAGCUAUGUGCUUAUUGCUUCACUUAAUACAGCUUUUGCCUCUAAACCUGGGACAGCCACCAGUGACUCUCAACUACUAAUUACAUCUGAAAAACCCUCUUGGUCCUUACAAACUACAGCUUCUCUCACAGUUACUGAAGAACUCACUUCAUGGCAAUGACCCUUAACAUAUAACAUUUCAGUUUACCUUACCUUGUUGUUGCAGCCAGCUCUGUGUUCCCUGGGGCAGCAGGUACAGGCAUCUGCUCAUAGCACAUGUUUCUGCUGCGGUACCACCAGGUACAUUCCUGCAGGUAGCUUCAGUGUGUCUGCAGCCAGGAUGGACAGUACAUCUGUAACAUGAAGACAUUGCCUCCAGCUAGUACAAACGAUGGAGCUGGGACUUGAACUUGAAACACUCCUUCUGUACUGUGUUCUCAGAUGAUUUUUAGUUGUUGCCCUCUCCCACCAGGUACAGACUCCAUGCUCCAUGGCUGUACUCACUCGGGCACUGGCUGCACUUACCUAGGAAGAGAUGCUACCUGCCAAGUUGCCAUCUUGUCUUUCUUCCACUUCAGGCACGUGUCUGGGGAGUGAACAGCAGCAGCUGCAGCGUGCAGCCAGUGGGACUUGUCAAGCCUACAGAACCUUCCUCGCAGCAGCACUCAGAACCGGCACAGCAACAGCGUGGGCACAGCUGGGAUGUUCAGCCUACACCUGGAAGCUGCAGAGCACUCACAGACCCUGUGAUCUACUCCCAGUCUCAGUUUCUAAUUCACACUUAGAACAGCACAGCCAGGCACUUCAAAUACUUCAAGUGUAAGACCAUUCAGCUGUUAUUUGAAUUAUUUACACUGUCAUCCAUGGCCAAGUAACAAACUCUUCUGAUCAUAGAUUCAGCCCCAAACUUGUUCUCAAUACAUGUUUUCAUCCAGCUAUGGGUUAUGAAUGUCUUAAAUGUCAUCUCUGUGCACACCUAUUAAAGUAUUUGGAUCACUAACAUUCAGUCUUCUGUACUGCACUGGGAGAUGAGGUGACCACCACCUUCAGAAUUUGUUACUUAAUCUGAAAUUUCUAAUGCUAUUGUGCUGAUCUUUUCAAACUCCUAAAAAUACAUCAGUUUAGGAUCACUGCCAAGCCUCAGGUCUCCUCUUAUUAGCUUUUGUUUAUCUUCACUCUCAUGUUUUCAAACCAACAUUCUAUUAUGCAAUACUAAGUUACUACUUUUAAUUAGCUGUAUGGAAAUAGCUUUUGUCUUGGAUUCUGAGCAGCUGUCCAAAUCUAGAUUCCUGCAGUGGCCCCUGAACUAAGCUGCUGCUUGGUCCACCUCAAAGGAGGAGGGGAUGUCCACAGCAGGAGAGAAAGGAGAGAGGGCAGGAGGGAAGAAGAAGGUUCUGUUAACGCGUUCUGUAUUGCCUCAUUGUUCAAACAUGUAUCAAACUAAGAACUGGAAUGUUGACUCGUGACAUUUUGAUGCUUUGAUAGCCGUAGAGGCCUUGAGGCAAACCUUGGUUUAUCCAACAGUAUUAACCUUAUACUUUCAGUGGUAUGAAAGACGUAGCAUGUUUAUCUGUAUAACAUUCAUAGUCCUCUCACAGCCUGUUUUCUAAUAGGUCAUUUUAAUAUUAACUGCUCAUGUAGCCUAUGCUGGAAAAAGUCUGAUCUCAGACCUUUCCUUACUGAUUCACGUAAAGCUUCUCAACUAUGGGCAUUCUUUUAUCUAAAAAAUGCCUUGAAGCAUGAAAGAACCAAUGAUACAGAGAGGGGGGUUUGUAUAUAACUGAAUCAACAGCAACCAAGGAUGUACUUCCCCCCACCCCGUAGCUUCAUCCUUUUACACAUUUGGGCAUUAAGUACAGCAGAUUAAGCUGGUGGAUGAGGUAGACAGUUUCUCUUCCUGCAGCAAAGCGUUCCUAGUGCUGCUUUGACCAGUGGCCUCCCUGACCACAAGAGAAUCAGUGGUGCUGUGCUCUCAUGUAAUCCUAACCAGAGGGCUCAGAAACAGUGUGCUGGACUGCUUUCCACUGCCUCUUGGGCAGCACAGUCUUUGCAGGGCCUUCUGCUACCACACUAUCCAGGUUACAAGCUUAUAAAUAAAACAGCAUCUAAAUAAAACAGCUGAGCAUUUAAAGGGACAGGGAGUCUCCUUAUAAUAAAAAAAACCCCAGUGCAACUUCCAUACUAUUUAUGACAAGGGCAGCAUCUCUAAGAAAUGCAGAGGUUUUUUCUUGGACAGGCCAUAGUCACAGCUGUGCAAUUGUGCUGGAAUUCCAGACAGUAGAACAGAGCUUUCCAGAGUGUGAUAUACCCACAGUCAGCCCUGGCCAACUGGUCAUCCCAGCAUCUCUAUCAGACUGCUAAACAUUCUGCAUUGACUUACUGCAUGAACUGGCCCUCUCCUCCAGCAAGCCCUGCAAAGCUUUGUGACCUCAGAACACACUUAGUGGCAUAGUUCAGGCGCUUCUUUAAUUUUCCUGCAAUUUCUUGCCUAUUUCAAUCUCCUUUUGUAAUAACUACUGUACUUAGAAUAGAGUUUCUGUCCCCAAAGUGGGAUUUUAAAACCUGGCUUAUUUAAGUCUGAGGUAAAGUAAAGGUCUUCUCACAGAGUUUUUAAAAUGAGUUUUUAACACCAACCCCACCCUGCAGUGAGGUAAGAUAUAAAGGCAAGGCUUACCUGGCAAAAAUCCAGGAACAUCCACAAAAGUAAUCAGUGGUAUGUUGAAAGCAUCACAGAAACGAACAAAGCGGGCUCCUUUUACAGAAGAAUUUAUGUCUAAGCACCCUGAAGUUAAGAAAACAGGAUAAGGUGUUAACAAUUCCAGUGAUCUGCUAAUGGCAGUAAUUCAAGACAAAAAUCACACUAUUUUAGCUCUACUGUCUUCAUAAAACAGAACCAAAGCUUAUCUGUAGACAAUGCAGAGAUAAUCUGCCAGGAAGUUUGCCUGGUUUAGAACUAAGAUUAGAGUACAAACUACUCUACAUUCAAGGGGAACUCAUUUCAUUUGUCUGAACGCUGUGCAUAAAGACUUUCUAUUCUCCAAAACAGCAGUUCAAAUUCAUUGUAUUCUUGCAAUUUGAAGUAUUUUUUUCUGUCAUUUUCUCUUUAUUGAUAUUUUUCAGCUCAAUCAUGUUGAAAGGCUACAGCGUUCUCCAUUAAAA